AUGAGGAUCUUGUCGAAAAGGGAGGAAAGUGCAGGGAAGCAUUUGCGGUCGGUAAAUGAGGGCGAUCUGUCAUUUUUGAUGCUUGGCGCCUGGAGAAAAGAUGGAGAGGAUGCCACCAGGAGCCCCGUACUACAGAAGAAGAAGUCCCUGCACUUGGACAGUACUACAGAAGAAGAAGUCCCUGCACUUGGACAGUACUACAGAAGAAGAAGUCCCUGCACUUGGACAGUACUACAGAAGAAGAAGUCCCUGUACUUGGACAGUACUACAGAAGAAGAAGUCCCUGCACUUGGACAGUACUACAGAAGAAGAAGUCCCUGCACUUGGACAGUACUACAGAAGAAGAAGUCCCUGCACUUGGACAGUACUACAGAAGAAGAAGUCCCUGCACUUGGACAGUACUACAGAAGAAGAAGUCCCUGCACUUGGACAGUACUACAGAAGAAGAAGUCCCUGCACUUGGACAGUACUACAGAAGAAGAAGUCCCUGCACUUGGACAGUACUACAGAAGAAGAAGUCCCUGCACUUGGACAGUACUAGAGAAGAAGAAGUCCCUGCACUUGGACAGUACUACAGAAGAAGAAGUCCCUGCACUUGGACAGUACUACAGAAGAAGAAGUCCCUGCACUUGGACAGUACUACAGAAGAAGAAGUCCCUGCACUUGGACAGUACUAGAGAAGAAGAAGUCCCUGCACUUGGACAGUACUACAGAAGAAGAAGUCCCUGCACGUGGACAGUACUACAGAAGAAGAAGUCCCUGCACUUGGACAGUACUACAGAAGAAGAAGUCCCUGCACGUGGACAGUACUACAGAAGAAGAAGUCCCUGCACGUGGACAGUACUACAGAAGAAGAAGUCCCUGCACGUGGACAGUACUACAGAAGAAGAAAUCCCUGCACUUGGACAGUACUACAGAAGAAGAAAUCCCUGCACUUGGACAGUAUUACAGAAGAAGAAAUCCCUGCACUUGGACAGUACUACAGAAGAAGAAGUCCCUGCACUUGGACAACUUCACCGACAGCCAACCAGCUCUCGUCUCUCCGACACUUCUGUGAUUGGCCGAGCGGUGGGGCAGGCGGACCUUAGGGGGGCGCAGUGGCGGGAAAAGGGUGGAAAGGGUGGGGGGCCGUGUGGGAAAGAGGUUUCUCAGUCUGCGGUGCACUUUACACGACCCUUUGCCACAGGAAAUGUGCAGAACAAAAGCGAGCUGUCAUCGGUGUCCUGA